CUUUUAUUUUCUCGCUCCCUGCUCUUUCCUCCCUCUUGAACUUGGUCCCUUGUUUCUUCCUUCCAGGUUCGGGAAUAGCAUCUUCGGUUUCCUUCUUUGUGAUACCCUUUCUUGCCUCUUGCCUCUUGCCUCUUGUCUAGGUUUUAGGUCCCUCUUUGUCGUUUGUCCCGGUCCCAUACCCUCGUCUGCGGUGCCCACGUGCAUAGCAUAGCUGGUCCCCGGAAACCAAUUGGUAUUAUCGAGUCGAGUCCUAUAUCGCCGAGAAACCCGGGACGCGAGUCCGCCGAGAGUCGAAGCAAGAAAUCCACCUAAAGCAUUGCAGCAAUGGCGACAAAAGUUGGGGGCAAAGAUGGCAAGCCGCCUCCGACGGCGGCCACCAACCUGAUCGCCGGAGGAGGAGCAGGUAUGAUGGAGGCAUUGGUGUGCCACCCGCUCGACACGAUCAAAGUCCGCAUGCAGCUCUCCCGCCGCGGGCGGAAACCAGGGAUGCCGAAGCGGGGAUUCCUGCGGACGGGUGCCGAGAUCGUCAAGCGCGAGACGCCGCUGGGGCUGUACAAGGGGCUCGGGGCGGUCCUUACGGGGAUCGUGCCCAAGAUGGCGAUCCGGUUCACGUCGUUCGAGUCGUACAAGCAAUUACUGGCCAACAAGGAGACGGGGGCCGUGACGGGGAAGGCCACCUUCCUGGCCGGGCUGGCGGCGGGCGUGACGGAGGCGGUGGCGGUCGUGACGCCCAUGGAGGUGAUCAAGAUCCGCCUGCAGGCGCAGCACCACAGCAUGGCGGACCCGCUCGACGUGCCCAAGUACCGCAACGCGGCGCACGCGCUCUACACGGUCGUCCGCGAGGAAGGGUUCGGGGCGCUCUACCGGGGCGUGAGCCUGACGGCGCUGCGGCAGGGCACCAACCAGGCGGUCAACUUCACGGCCUACACGUACUUCAAGGAGGCGCUGAGGCGCUGGCAGCCCGAGUACGACGGCGGCAACCUGCCCAACUGGCAGACCACGCUCAUCGGCCUCGUCAGCGGAGCCAUGGGCCCGCUCAGCAACGCGCCCAUCGACACCAUCAAGACCAGGCUGCAGAAGACGCCGGCCGAGGUGGGCAGCACCGCGAUGCAGAGGAUCACUAAGAUCGCGUCGGAGAUGUUCAAACAAGAGGGCUUCCACGCCUUCUACAAGGGCAUCACCCCGCGCGUGAUGCGCGUGGCGCCCGGGCAGGCCGUGACCUUCACCGUGUACGAGUACCUCAAGGAGAAGCUGGAGAAGAGCGGGCCGGCCUUUGUGACGGGGCGGGAAUUCGAGGAGUAGACAUCCAAAAAUAAUCCUGGGAAGCAAGGUUAAGGUUAGGGGGAGAGAUGGCCAAAAUUUGGUUGGGGCCGUUUGCGUCAAGCGCGUAAAUUGGGGGGAGGGAGGGGAAAGGCGGAGG